UCAGAAUGUCUGAGCCUCACAAAACACACCCCAAAAAAAACAAAGAAGGAAGUUUCAUAGGGAGGAAUGAGAGUGUCCAUAGGUCCCAUACACGGGAAGGACGCGGAACAGAGAACAAUGUUUUGCAUGUGGGACCUAGAUACCGCUCGUGAAUCCCACUCUCCCUAUUACCUCUCUCGCUCGUCCGUUUAUAUUCCCACCAUCCAUCUAUCCACUAGAAAUAGAGAGGGAGAAAGAAUCGUCCCGUUGAGAUUUGUUUAGUCUUUUUGAGAUCUGAAACGUUAAAGCCUCGACUAUUCCUACGGAUAUAUUGUGAGUUUCUUAACAUAAGCGAAGAAAGAAGAAAAUGAGCGGGAGUAGAAAGAAGACAACGCCGGCAAGCCGGACGCGAGUGGGGAACUACGAGAUGGGACGAACUCUAGGCGAAGGAAGCUUCGCUAAGGUCAAAUACGCACGGAACACCGUCACUGGAGAUCUAGCCGCUAUCAAAAUUCUCGACCGAGAUAAGAUUCUCCGCCACAAAAUGGUCGAACAGCUUAAAAGAGAAAUAGCUACAAUGAAACUGAUUAAACAUCCAAAUGUGGUCGAAAUCAUUGAGGUUAUGGCGAGCAAAACUAAGAUCUAUAUUGUUCUUGAGCUGGUCAACGGAGGUGAACUAUUUGAUAAAAUCGCCCAACAGGGGAAACUAAAGGAGGAUGAAGCUCGGAGUUAUUUUCAUCAGCUCAUAAAUGCUGUGGAUUAUUGCCACAGUCGAGGGGUCUACCACAGAGAUCUCAAGCCUGAAAAUCUUAUCCUUGAUGCAAAUGGGAUUUUAAAAGUUUCUGAUUUUGGGCUAAGCGCGUUUUCACUACAAGUUCGGGGAGAUGGUUUGCUUCACACUGCUUGUGGAACGCCGAACUAUGUUGCUCCUGAGGUUCUGUCGGACAAAGGCUACGACGGUGCAGCAGCAGACGUCUGGUCCUGUGGUAUUAUUCUAUUUGUGCUCAUGGCUGGUUACUUGCCUUUUGAUGAGCCAAAUCUCAUGACAUUAUACAAACGUAUAUGCAAAGCUGAGUUCAGCUGCCCAUCAUGGUUCUCGCCGGGUGCCAAGGAAGUCAUUAAGCGUAUUCUUGAUCCCAGUCCUAUAACCAGAAUAAGUAUUGCAGAAUUACUAGAAGAUGAAUGGUUCAAGCAAGGGUACAAGCCACCAUCGUUUGGCCAAGAUGAUGAAGACAUAACCAUUGAUGAUGUGGAUGCUGCUUUCAGUAACUCCAAGGAGUCUCUUGUAACAGAGAAGAAGGCGAAACCGGAAUCCAUGAACGCUUUUGAACUUAUCUCUAGCUCAAACAGUCUUGAAAACUUGUUCGAAAAGCAAGCCCAACUUGUGAAGAAAGAGACACGGUUUACUUCUCAACGACCUGCGAGCGAAAUAAUGUCCAAAAUGGAAGAAACCGCAAAGCCAUUAGGCUUCAACGUCCGUAAAGACAAGUACAAGAUAAAAAUGAAAGGAGACAAAAGUGGUCGUAAAGGUCAGCUCUCAGUUGCUACAGAGGUGUUUGAAGUGGCGCCAUCGUUGCAUGUAGUAGAGCUUAGGAAAACCGGCGGUGAUACCCUCGAGUUUCACAAGUUCUAUAAAAACUUCUCAUCUGGAUUAAAGGAUGUAGUAUGGAAUACUGAUGGAGCACCUGAAGAACAUAAAGCUUAAUAAGUUAAUAGCAAGUUGUUCUAUUCGAAACAAAAUAUAAUAAAUCAUGAAAGAUAGUUGAAUGGUUGACACUGUA